AUGAAGAUAGCAAGGAAGACGAAGAAACUGGGACAAGAUGAUCCAAGGAGAAUGGUUCAUUCCCUAAAAGUUGGAUUAGCUGUUUCGCUUGUUUCAUUGUUCUACUACUUUGACCCAAUCUAUGAUAGUUUUGGGCAAGAGGGUGCAAUGUGGGCUGUACUGACUGUUGUUCUUGUCUUUGAAUUCUCCGUUGGUGCGACACUUGGUAAAGGUUUAAAUAGGAUAUUGGCGACGUUGGUAGCGGGUGCCCUGGGCGUUGGAGUUCACUGUUUAUCAACUCUUUCUGGAAGGAAAGGGAAGCCCAUCUUGGUAGCAACUUUUGUGUUCAUUAUAGCUGUGAUUACGACAUUUAUGAGAUUCUUCCCAACAGUGAAGGCAAGAUAUGACUACGGACUGUUGAUAUUCAUAAUGACCUUCUGCUUAGUAUCCAUAUCGAGUUACCGAGAUGACCAAGUGCUAGAAAUGGCACAUGAUAGGUUUUUUGCCAUAUUAGUUGGUUGCUGCGUUUCUCUUAUUGUUUGUAUGUGCCUUUGCCCUGUUUGGAUCGGUGAGGAUCUCCACAAAUCUGUCGCCGCAAACAUGGAAAAGCUAAGCAAUUUUCUACAAGCUUUUGGAGAUGAAUAUUUCACUGAAGAAUCCAAUGAGAAUAAUAAGUCAUAUAUUCAAGGAUAUACAAGUGUUCUAACUUCUAAAAGCAGCGAAGAAACUAUGGCUAAUUUUGCGAGAUGGGAACCAGGUCAUGGUCUGUUCCGGUAUCGUCAUCCAUGGAAAAUGUACCUCAAAGUCGGAAACCUUACUCGGGACUGUGCUUACAAAGUUGAAGCUCUUAACAGCCACCUUAACUGUAAAAUCCAGACUCCUGCAGAAAUCCGUGGCAAAAUCGAAGAGCCAUGCAAAAGGGUUAGCGUGGAAUGUAGCCGAGCUUUGAGGGAAAUGGCAUCGACAUUUUUAAACAUGGUUCGAACAAGCUCGGCUAAUACACACAUUGAAAGUUCAAAGAAAGCUGCCGAGGAUCUGAAAAGCCUGCUCAAAACAAACCUGUGGGAAGAAGCAGAUUUACUACAGAUUAUACCGGCUGCUUCAGUUACAUCACCUCUGCUGGAAAUCAUAGAGUGCGUUGAUAAAAUUGCUGAAGCAGUAAAUGAAUUGGGCAAGGCCGCAUCUUUUAGGCAGAGUAAUGUUACAGUCUUAUCUGAACAGCCACAUUCAAUCCACCAGGAAUCAAUCCAACAUGGUUCAAACACUGCCUUGCCGGUGCAACAUUGUGUCAUUACAGUAGCAGAAUAA